CGCAGGCAGGAGCAGUGCCACGUCUACAUACCACAAGCGCUGUUUCAGACGACAGAUACAGGUCUAUCACGUUAUAUGCUCUUCUACUUCAAGCAGUACACCGUUAAAAUUCCGACUUGCAAAGCUCUUUACUUUAUUUCAAGAUGGCGGAAGGCGUUACUGCAGAGUCAGUGAAGAUCAGUCUUGGACACUUGGAGUGUUCCAUCUGCUGCACUCGUUACAAUCAACCCAAAAACCUGGAUUGCUCACACAGUUACUGCCUCAAAUGUCUCCAAGAACUUAAGAAAACUCAAAAUCCUGGCACUAACAAACUAAAAUGUCCUCUGUGUCAGAAAGAAACCAUCUUACCACUCGAUGGAGUGACUGGAUUACAAAGCAACUACCUUCUGAUUGCCCUAGUGGAGGAGGUCAACAAACAGGAACAGCUUCCACAAGGUGAAGAGUCAAAGGUCAUGUGUCAAGCUUGUGAUGAGGAAAACGCAGCAAUUUCACGAUGUUUGAAUUGUGAACAUUAUCUCUGUCUGGAGUGUCAGAAAGCACACCAACGUUUAGCUGCACUGAAGAAUCAUGAGAUCAAAUCUUUGGCUGAAUUGCAAGAAGUUGAUGACACCCAAACUGAAUCAAAGAUGAACAUCUCAAGAUGUGACAUCCACCCCAUUCAAGAGCUCUGCUUCUACUGUAUGACGUGUGAGCAACUCACUUGUAAACUCUGUGCCAUUCUGCGGCAUAAACAACCAACGCACAAUCUAGCUGAUUUGUUAACAGCUUUCGAUAUUUGUCAAACUGAAGCAAGCAAGGAUGUCUCACAAAUGCACAAGAGCAAUUUCGAAACAGAAGGACACUUAGCUGCAAUGCGCAAGAGACUGAGCUGUUUGUUUCAUGAAACAAACGAUCAUAUUUCUUAUCAUACAGAGCAGAAACUUGACAACAUCAGACGAGAAGAAAUAAGGAUAAAACAAAAUGCCAAAUUGAUGUACCAAAGAAAAGAUAAGAAAUUGGCAGAAUUGCAAUUUGCAGAGCAGACAAUGAAGACGAUUCGCACUCACAGCAAGAUGACUGAUUUGAAUCGUCUGGAACUCUUGAAAAACAGACAAGAACUUCUCCACAGCUACAGAGAUAUCAAAGUACAGGAGGAACAAGCAGAAUGUUUGACCUAUGACCUCUCUUUUAUUGCUUUUUGCCAAGUUUAUAAUGAGGUUGAACUUGGGACACUUCUGCGAGAAGAAAAAUGGGGAAAAUUGGGUGAAGUUGAAGUUGAUGCUCUGUUAAUUUCAUCUUAUUCCACCGGUGACAUUAUAACUGUUGGAUCUGAAUCACAAAUAAAUAUAUUGCGGCAAAAUGGCAAGGAGAUUAACAUAAUUUCACAAUUUCUGUGUAAAGAUUUAUCUUCUCCGACUGCUAUGGCAGUUAAUAGUGAAGACCAUCUUAUUGUUCUAGACAGUCCUUAUAAUGAGACUCCUAAUGUCAAAACAUUGAACAAGGAGUUUCAGCUUCUUCAUCAGUUCACUCCAGCAGGUGAAGAGUCUGACAGUAAACCCACAUGUCUUGCAGUAGACGAGAACAAUCUGAUAGCAGUGGGUUAUAAAUACAAGGGAGAGGUUUCUCUACACAACCCUGAUGGAUCCCUCAUCAGAACACUGUCUGCUCCAGGGAUUGAUAAGAAAAUGGCCAUGAGUGACCAGAGAAUAAUUUAUACUGACAAUUCAAAGCUCAUAUGUAUUGAUUUGCAUGGUAAUAAGAUCAUAGAACAAUCACUGGAACUGUGGAGACGAAAGUCAACAUUAGGCCUAAGCUGGGAUAAAGCAGAAAACAGACUCAAAGUCGACGACACUGUAAAUGCAAUAUGA